UCUGAUUUGGCCACACUGGGCUAUCGUAGCUACCAUGGAUGUCCUGGUGGGAGCCGGUGUAGCUUUUCUGUCCAUAUGUCUGUUAUUUAUUGUUCGUUUAUGGGCAGUUGUGAAGUCAGGGCCAAACUACAAGCCUGGCAGGAAAGGUCCGGUGGCUGUUCUCGUUGUUGCGGGUUCAGGUGGGCACACCACAGAGAUCCUGCGUCUGAUGGAAUGCUUAUCGGCGGCCUACACACCGGUGCACUAUGUCGUUGCGGACACGGACAGGAUGAGUGAGGAAAAAAUCUGCGCCUUUGAAAAAUCUAAGCAGUCAAAUGCGGAAUCACAGUUUACCAUCUGUCGGAUCCCACGAAGCAGGGAGGUCCAUCAGUCUUGGAGUUCCUCUGUUCUCAGCACCCUCAAGGCCCUGCGAUACUCCCUCCCGUUGGUGUUCAGACUCAGACCUGACAUGGUGCUGUGUAAUGGCCCGGGGACCUGUGUUCCUCUGUGUGUGGCAGCACUACUGCUCGGAAUUCUGGGAAUGAAGAAAGUCCUGAUCGUGUAUGUGGAAAGCAUUUGCCGUGUGCAGACGCUGUCGUUAACAGGGAAGAUCCUCUAUCUGGUUUCUGACUAUUUCUUUGUGCAGUGGUCCUCUCUGAGAGACAAAUACCCCAAAUCGAUUUUCCUUGGGAGAAUAGUCUGAGCAAAACUGUUACACAUUACCGGGUUUUCUGUAUACAAAGAUUCAAGGAUUAAAUUGCUUAGUUUUGUAUUGGUGAGAGUUCCCUCUAUCUAUGCUAUGUGCAAUUGUAAUUAAAAAGAACAAAGAAAAUAAAAGCA